AUGGGCAGACGCAGAAUAGAAAUCCGCCCCAUCGCCGACGAAAGAGCUAAAUCUAUCACUUUUUUCAAACGUAAAGCUGGGUUAUUUAAAAAGGCCCAUGAUUUGGCUGUGUUAUGUAACGUUGAUGUUGCUGUAGUUAUUGUGGGGCCUAACAAGACGUUUUAUGAGUUCUCGACUGUGGAUUUGGACGAUUUGCACAAACAUCUUCGUGAAGAUAAAAGUUUUGCUCAUACAAUUAAAAACCCUGCUGAUUUCUCCUCUAAUUUAAAACGUAACCGUUGUGUCUUGGAUCGGGCUGUCCCACCACAACGUGCUACUCGUGAUAGACGGAAUUUUGCAUUCAAACAAGAUGAUGCCAUUGAUUCGUUAAAGAGAUCGUUGCAAACAGAAGAACCUUCUCCAACGAAAAGAGCCCGUACAGAUGGCAUGGUUUUGGGGGAAGUGGAGUAUGAAGAAGAAGAAGGGGAGGAAGAAGAAGGGGAGGAAGAAGAAGGGGAGGAAGAAGAAGGAGAAGUAGUGGAAACAACAGCAGCGGUCCCACCCAUGGUCAAGGCCCUUUCUGCCCCUGUGAAAAUAGAAUUCUCCUCGACGUUUUCGUCCUCGCCUUCCCUCUCGCCGUCCUCUUCGUCUUCUUCAUCCGACCAUUAUACUGACGAAAUCCAAUACUCUCAAAUACCUUUGACAUCAACACAGCCCACUUCUCAUUCCCAAUCACCAAUUCCUCAAAUCCGUUCUCAAAAAUUGGCCAUGGCACCACCACAACCUCCACCACCAUCAGAUCCUCAACAGAAUAAUUUCUUAUUCUCUGAUAUCUAUCAGUCCUAUUUGCAAGCCAAUUUUAUCCCUCAAAACCUCGAUAACGUAAUUCCUCCUCAACAACAAACACAUUAUGAUAUGAACACGGAUACUCUUCAAUAUCAGAAUUAUACUGAUAUUCAGUAUUACUAG